CUUCCGGCUGCCGCCAAGAUGGCGGCGGCGGGGCUGUCGAAGGCCGAGUACCUGCGGCGGUACCUGAGCGGCCCGGCCGGGCCGCAGCCCCAGCCCCGCCGCCGCCGCAGGAAGAGGCCUCCGGGCGCCGCCGCCAGGGCCGGGAUGCGGAUCGUGGAUGACGACGUGAGCUGGAGCAGCCUCGCUGCGGGCCGGGAGGAGGAGGAGGAGGAGGAUGAAGGGGACAUGCCCGUGGUGGCAGAAUUCAUUGACGAGCGUCCGGAUGAGGUGAAGCUCAUGGAGGAAUUCCGAACAAAUGCUAAAUGGAAACUCCUCGGAGAUCAGAAUGAGGACUCGCAGAGUUCGGAUGUUUCAGUCGCUGCUAAAGCUGCCCCCAGGCGGCAGCGCCACGACUCCCCGGAGGGCUCCCCACCGAGGGGGCUGCAGCAGGACUCCCCUGACAGAGCAGUUGGGCAGGACAGGAACACCUGCAGCAGCCUCCAGCCUGCCAGGCGCCAGCGCCAUGACUCCCCCGAGCUGUCACCACCACAAAGGAAGCGCCAUGACUCCCCUGAGCUGUCCCCUUCCAGGCAGGAGAGGAACAGCUCCUGCAGCCUCCUGCCUCCCAGGCAGAAGCGCCACGACUCCCCUGAUCUGUCACCACCACGAAGGAAGCGCCACGACUCCCCUGACCUUUCCCCACCAAGGAAGAAGCGCCACGACUCCCCUGAUCUCUCCCCACCAAGGAGGAAGCGCCACGACUCCCCUGAUCUCUCCCCACCACGAAGGAAGCGCCACGACUCCCCAGACGUGUCCCCAAAGAGGGGCAGUUCAGCAGCAGGGAAGAGGAGCUGCAAGCCCACAGACAAGGCACAGUCAGGAAGGGCCCCAGGGGAGCAGGCUCAGCCCCGGCACGCUGCCUCUGACAAGUCCUCAUCACGGCAGAAGCGCCAGGCAACCCCAGACCUGUCCCCUCCACGGAAGCAGAGGUACAGCUCUGACUCGGACUCCUCACCGCCCCGGAGGAGGAGGACAGGGUCACCCAGCCUGAGAAAGCAGAGCAGAGCAAAAGGUGCUUCUCCAGCCACGACACAGCCCAGGCAGGCUCCCUCCCCUCAGAGGAGCCUGAGGCACGACUCCAGCUCCCCAUCCCCACGGAGAGGCAGCCGGAGUGCCCCUGAUGCAGAGCGCAGGCUGGGCCGUGUACACAGCGGCUCCCCAAAGCAUGGUCCUCUCAAACACAACCACAGCCAGUCCUCAGGCUCGGAUCUGUCCCCUCCCCGACGGGCUCUGCCAGCUGGGAAGGAGCAGCACUGCUCCAGGAGCCCCCAGGACCUCUCUCCACCUCGGCACCGUGACCCCAAGGGAUCUCCCAAGAAGGCAAACACGAUGCUUUCGGGGGUCAAAGCUGGCCUGGUGUCAGCUGAUGUGCUGCGGAGGGAACAGCAGGAGCUCAAGAAGCAUGAGAGGAGUACCAAGCACUUGGAAGAGGAAUCCCGACACACUGAGACCGUCUACCGAGACAAGUCGGGGCGCAGGAGGGACCUGGCGCAGGAGCGGCUGGAGCAGCAGCAGAAAGCUGAAGCCAAGUCUGAGAGGGAUGAGCAGUAUGCCAGAUGGGGAAAGGGGCUGGCACAGGGGAGGCAGCAGCAGCAGAACGUGGAAGAUGCCAUAAAAGAGAUGCAGAAGCCGUUGGCCCGUUACAUUGAUGACCAGGAUCUGGAUCGAAUGCUGAGAGAGCAGGAGAGGGAGGGAGACCCCAUGGCUGAGUUCAUCAAAAAAAGGAAAGCCAAAGAGAACAAAGAGAAGAAAGAAAAGCCCCGGUACAAGGGACCAGCACCUCCACUCAACAGGUUUAACAUAUGGCCAGGGCACCGCUGGGAUGGCGUGGACAGGUCCAAUGGCUUCGAGCAGCAGCGCUUUGCCAGGAUAGCCAACAAGAAGGCAGUUCAGGAGCUCGCCUACAAGUGGAGCGUUGAGGACAUGUAGGUCAGAUGAAGGAUCACACACAGCACCACUCCUGGCUGCUGCCUGGCCAGAGCUGUGAGGAGCAGCUCACUCCGCCUGGACCAAGCCCUGUCCUUGGUGCUCAGCAUCCCACUGGAUCCUGUUCCGAGAGGAGAGGCUGAAUGGAGGACAGCUGCCAAGAGAGGGUUUCCCCGUCAGCCUGAGGAGCGAGGACUUGGGGCAGCGCAGUGGUGGAGGUGCAGGGGCUGCUGCGUGCAGGAGCAGCUCCUCUCGCUGGUGCUCCCCACCAGACACUGGUUUCUGGGACGUUUGUUUGUCUUCUCACAAACUGUAGAAACUGAUUUGUUUUCUAUUUGUUUGAUGCCAAAUGCUUUGUCCUCUGAGGGCGGUUCACAAGUCUUCAGGUGUCCUAAAUCUCAGGUUGUUCUUCAUGCUGGAGGCAUUUGGAACACGUGGUUGCUGCAGAGCUGGUCCUCUCCAGUCUCUUCCAGCACUCUUUUAGGGGGGACAGUUUCCUGUGGAAGCAAACAUGCAGAGGGUGUUAAAGUGCUUCCCCUGACCAGUCUUCCCUAGAGCUGGAUGGUCUUGGGGCUUCAUUCCCUGGUUUUUAUUCACUGUGUUCCCUUUCUAGCAGUCCUGGAACCUGUGUGUACACUCGGAAAUAACAGCUUGCUUUUUGGUACUUGA